ACACACACACAUUAUCUUUUCUUGUUCCAUAUCCACAAAAUACACAAAAGUAGAAACCUACCCACUAUUCUAUAUAUCCAUAACACACUCAUUUAGGGGAAAAAGGGGGAAAUUUUCUCUUCUGGGUAUGGUUUGUUUUCUUUGAAAACUUAAUUUAAUGGACGCCGAAUCUAGGGUUUAUUGAGGGUUGUUGAUUGUGGUGAAGAAUGGGGAGAGGUAGGGUUCAGCUGAGGCGGAUCGAGAACAAGAUUAAUAGGCAAGUGACUUUCUCCAAGAGGAGGACUGGUUUGCUGAAGAAAGCUCAUGAGAUCUCUGUCUUGUGUGAUGCUGAUGUUGCCUUGAUUGUCUUCUCCAACAAAGGGAAGCUCUUUGAGUUCUCUUCAGAUUCAAGCAUGGAAAAUAUCCUAGAAAAAUAUGAGCGAUAUUCGUACUCAGAACAGCAUUUCAGGACUGGAGGUGCUUCUGAACCACAGGAUAUCUGGCCUGCUGAGUAUCCCAAGCUCAUGAGUAGGCUUGAAGUCUUGCAAAGAAACAUAAGGCACUUCACUGGGCAAGAGCUUGAUCCCUUGAGCUUCAGAGAGCUCCAACGUUUGGAGCACCAGAUUGAUACUGCCCUUAAGCGUGUUCGAGUAAGGAAGAACCAACUCAUGCAUAAUUCUGUCUCAGAGCUGCAGAAAAAGCAAAAGGCACUGCAGGAGCAGAACAGCUUGCUAGCAAAGAAGCUCCAGGAGAAGGAGAAGGAGAAGACACUGAAUGAGCAUGCACAGCGGGGGCAGCAAAACCUUGCCCAAAACUCGUCGGCCUUUAUCCUGCCGCCGCCACCACCACAACUGCCGUUUCCUGCUUUAACCAUUGGUCGCACUUUCCAGGACGGAGGAGUCGGUGAAUAUACCAGAGCUCAUCAAACUCAACCUUCAAGUUCCAGUACCCUCAUGCCACCAUGGAUGAUUCGUCAUGUGAACGGAUUAGAGGACUAAACCUCCGUUUCCACCACUUGACUAGUUAUUUGAGCUCUUGAAAUAUUGAAGUAAACAGAUAUCAUUUGAUGUAACUACUGCAAAAUCACUACUCUAUUGGUUUAACUGUGCCUGCAUAAAAUGUAAUUGAUGUAUAUAUGAAUCACUGCAGAAUCUCUCUCUACAAAUUUUUAUUCGAUUCCAA